GGGAGGGGCCUCAAAGGGGUGUGUGAGGGGCGGAUGCUCGGAGUGGGCAGGGCUCGAGCUUGCUUGGCCAAGGGUGUCUCGCGCAAGGGUUCGUGGAAAGCCUUGCGACCUUAACCAGGCCACCCUGCCCGAAGCGAGGAUGGCGGUCUCUGCGCUCCAGCUGUGGCGUGCAGGCGGGCUGCUGAGAAGAAACUUCCCAACCUGCUUGUCUUCUUGGAAGAUUCCUCCUCAUGUCCUCAAAUCCUCACAACCAGAAGCUCUACUCAGUAUGACAAACAAUGCACUGGCCUUGGCACCUCUACAGACACUUACUGAUGAGGAAAUUAUGAUGAAGAAGACAGUCAAAAAAUUUGCACAGGAGCACGUUGCUCCUCUGGUUUCCCCUAUGGAUGAGAACUCAAAAAUGGAGAAAUCGGUGAUCCAGGGAUUGUUCCAGCAAGGGCUGAUGGGCAUUGAAAUUGAAGCAAAAUAUGGAGGGACAGAAGCUUCCUUCUUCUGCUCUGUCCUAGUGAUAGAGGAGCUAGCUAAGGUGGAUGCCUCGGUGGCUCUCCUGUGUGACAUCCAGAACACAGUAAUCAACAACCUGUUUAGAAAACACGCUUCAGAAGAACAGAAGGCCACCUAUUUGCCAAAGCUGGCUACAGAAAAAGUAGGGAGCUUUUGCCUUUCUGAAGCUGGAGCCGGUAGCGACUCCUUCGCUAUGAAAACAAGAGCUGAAAAAAGUGGAAAUUACUACGUCAUCAAUGGGUCGAAGAUGUGGAUCAGCAAUGCUGAGCAUGCAGAGCUCUUCCUGGUCUUCGCCAAUGUGGACCCCAGCUCUGGCUACAGAGGCAUCACCUGCUUCUUAGUAGACCGAGAUACAGAAGGUUUUCAGAUAGGGAAACGAGAAAAUAAAAUGGGCAUCAGAGCUUCGUCCACCUGUCAGUUAACAUUUGAAAAUGUCAAGGUUCCAGAAACUAAUAUUUUGGGGAAAAUUGGGCAUGGUUAUAAGUAUGCCAUAGGAAGUCUUAAUGAAGGUAGAAUUGGAAUUGCUGCACAGAUGCUAGGACUGGCCCAAGGAUGUUUUGACUACACUAUUCCAUACAUUAAAGAAAGGAUGCAGUUUGGCAAACGAAUAUUUGAUUUUCAGGGGCUCCAACACCAAGUGGCUCAGGUGGCCACCCAGCUGGAAGCCACACGGUUGCUAACAUACAACGCUGCUAGGCUCGUAGAAGCCGGAAGGCCAUUUAUAAAAGAAGCAUCUAUGGCCAAAUAUUAUGCAUCCGAGGUUGCUGGGCUAACAACAAGCAAGUGCAUCGAGUGGAUGGGAGGGGUCGGCUACACCAAAGAUUACCCUGUGGAGAAAUUCUUCCGUGAUGCCAAGAUCGGUACAAUAUAUGAAGGAGCUUCCAACAUCCAGCUGAACACCAUCGCCAAGCACAUCGAUGCAGAGUACUGAUGUCUGUGGGCUGGGCCCUCUGGGUCACUGGCGCACCAUUCCCAGCUGCUGUGCCUUAUUGAGCAGGGUCUAGAGCAGUGCAGCGCUUCCUUGGACUCCCCUUGUCCUGGUCUCAGGCCUGGAUUUUGUUCCUGUCUCUUUCCAAUCUACUCUAAAACUGUUUCCAAGCUUCUGAACGCGUAUUUCUCAUCCUAAUUGCAGAGUAUACAAAAGUUUCACUCUACCAGCAUUUGGGAAGAAGAAACCAUUUGAGGUAUUGGUAUUGCUGGCAGAAAUAUAUAUAUAUAUUUGUAUUUAUAUUUAUAUUCCUACUAAAUCUUUGUACUGUGGUAUGAGCCAGAGGAGCAUUUGUUACACUUGGCAAUUUUUAUUCAAUACUUUAUAGAUUCAGUAGUAAGUUGCUAAACAAGGUAGAAACUGAUAAAAUUUAUUUGGAAAAAUCUAGAACUCUUAGUUCUAAAUAUCAAAGAAAUAGUAGAAAAUAAAAAAUGUAGCUUGUAGGCCAUAUAAUUGACAAUAACAAAAGUCCCAAAUGUUAUUUUAACCAACAAAAGCAGUAUGUUUGGCUGCUAUAAUUGAACUAAAUGAAAGAUGUAUUAUGUGGUGGCUUUUAGCAGCUCAUUUAAAAAACAUGUCCCUGUAUUAGUUUUCAACUAUAAAGUUUAAGUAAUUUGCCCUAAUCAUCUGAAAAUAAUUUAUUAGAUCAUGCACUAUUUUUCGGUAGUAUGAUUUAUUUCUGUAUUUUAAUUGAGUAUUUUCCCUCAAACUUGGUUAUUGGACUUUAUCCUAAAUAGUAAUUAAUUGAGAAAUUCAAUUUUGGUUUUCAAAAUUGAUUCUUAAGAGAAAUAUACCCCCAUAAGAAAAUAAUAUCGCAAUCUCAUAAGGAUAGGGAAGGGAGACUUGGUAGUCUCCCUUCAGUAUAAAUAUAUGUAGUCAUUUAUAUAGUAUAUUAGAUAAUUUUAUAUUUGUGAAGACAAAGAUCUAUGUUUUACAAUGUAAAUGAAAAACAGGCAAAGCCUAAUCAGAUAUCCAGCUGGUGAAGCCAUUGAUCAGUGUUAGGGAUUUACAGUCGGGAGAAGACCCUCUAGUUGCAGACCCUGAGUCCUCUGGAGAGAGAAGUAGACAGUAGACAAACGAGUUUCACAUUUCCAGAGGAAACAUCACAAGUUAGAUGUGAAAACUGCCCGCGGCUCACGCAGUUGCUGGAAAUAAUCGUUACUUCUAGAUAGAAAGUAUGUCAGUGCUUUUGCAAAAGGAUACUGUUUAUUAAGAAACUUGACAUUCUCUUGGUAAUUUUGCUUUGCACAGUUAAUGUUUAUUGAGCUAAAUUAAUUUCCACAAUGCAAAUCAUAGUUAAAUAUGCAAGGUUGUAUAAAUACAGUUGAAAUAGGAAUUACAUUAAAACAGUAGGAAGAAAUAAAACAAAUUUAGACCUUGAAUCCAAAGAGAUAAGGUCUACUUGACUUUCAAAUGGGGGAAAUGAUGAAAGCCCCUCACCCAGUCUUUCAGAACAGACAGAUGAGUGUGAUAAGAAAGGAAGGGGUGGAUGCAGUCCCCUGACAGGGCAGACACCUUCCACUCCUGUAAUAAUGUAAAAGAGGAGGGCUUAGAGAUGAUGCGGCAGCGGGAGUCAGGAUGAGUAAACAGCCUGCCUUCCUUUCCUAGACUCAUGGCAAUCCUCCUGCUUCACGUGUAACCUGGGCUGGCCGCAGAUUCAUGGCAAUCCUGCUUUCAGGCUUCCAGUGCUAAGAUUGCAUGUCUGCACCCCAGCUCCCAUCUCUGACUUGUUGGUUUUGAAGUCAUGCCCACGAUUACAGCUUUGUCAAUUGUUCUCAUUUAUUUCUAUUUGUUUUGCUCUAUGUAGUUCCCAGUUAUGUUUUUAGGGGUAAUAAAGUUCAUGGCUGUUGGAUCAUCUUG